CAUCACUAUCAGUAUUUAUGUUUUCGCGCGUUUUUGAUAAUAAAUGUCAUUCACGCGGCUUCGUUUUGAGAUUGAGAGGAUCAUUUAGUUUUCCGUAUCGUUUGAAAUCAAAUAUUUGAUGGUAUAGUGUAGCUUUUAUUAUGUGUGUGCAUCGAUUUUCAAUUUACUUUCGUUUCAAUUGAAUUACAAAAUUAGUUACUCAUAAUAUGAAUUCAGUAACCUCUAAAAGAAGUUGGGCGGCGGAAUUGGAAAUGGAGGAAACAAGAGAGAAUUCGAAAUCCACUAGAGAUAAAUCAAGUGGAAGUAGAGAAAAUUCAAAUAGCAGAAAAAAGGCAAGACCAAAUAGUAAGAGUGAAAGUGAAAAAAAAGAAAGUACCCCAAGAAAACCAUUGGAAUUGGAAACGGACCCCCUUGUUUUACGAAGACGACAAAAACAAAUUGAUUAUGGGAAAAAUACAGUUGGCUAUUACAACUAUACUAACCAUGUCAGAUAUGAAGAAAGAACAAAAGACCACCCGAAGACACCUGACAAAUUUGCCAAAUACAGCAGAAGAUCUUGGGAUACUCUCAUCAAAUUAUGGAGGAAAAAAUUACAUGAAUAUGAUGUUGAUGGACAAGAUGAUUGUUUGGACAAUGAAGAGGAUAGUGACAAUCAAGAUUGAUAGACUGUUUAAUUUUAAGUUAUAAUUAACUAUUAAUGUAAGUGUCAAUUCAUAUUAGGUGAAUUUGUAUGUAAAAUUUUAGAUUGUCACUUCAAUGUGCUCAAAGUCAGCGCUAAAAUGAAUUGAAGUUGAACUUGCACAUUAGUAGUGUAAUAAGCUGUAACAAUAUAAGUCCUAAUGACUUUUGAGUAUUAAUAACUCACACUGGCUUUGUAUGGGUGCUAUACCCCGCCAUACCUUGGUAUAGUCAACUUGUACAAUUUGUCUAUAUGCAAGCCUUUACACAGGUGUUAAUGAACACAAAAGUAUUAUCCAGUUAAGUGCAAUUGUUUAGUUAGGAUGCACAUACAAAAAAUGUUUAGUAGUGAAUAAUUUUGGUAAAUUGUACAAAUUGUGGGAAGGUGUAUAAUAUUAUUUCCUUUCUAUUUAUACACAUUACCAAACAAUCUCGAAAGACAAAAUGUGUUCUGAAAUCGAGUCGUACAUUUUCUGGUUGUGUUUGUCUAACUAAUGUCUGGUUUCAAUCAUAGACUGCGAGCUUGUCAUCUCAGUGCUUUUUUGCAUCCACUAGUAAUUCAUAAAUUUUUACACUGAUUCAAAAUCUUGAAAUUUCUACUACUAAAUUUAUACUUUUUAUAAAUGAUUAAUAUUAAUAUGAUUGUUUAUAUUAUGUGAGAAUGUUCAGUAUAUAUAGGUUUUACUCACCAAUAUACAGCCAAUUAAGGUUGACAUUUGUUGAGAACGACUUUCUAUCUUUACUUUGAAGUAAGAUGGGACAUUGGAUACAUUUUGGCUAUAUACACACUAAAUAGAUUAUCAAAAAUAAUCUUACACAUUUUACUAUAUUAUUAGCUGUAAUUUGUUUGAAUGUGUAAACCUUCUGGUUCGAAUAAUUACAUAAUUAUUUUUGUGUUGGGUAGUCCAUUUAUCGAUGCAAGCUAUAAAAGGUCAUGCUACGACCGUAUAGAAGCCGAGCAGAAUGGGUGAAACCGCGCGGAAGAAGCUAGUAGACAUAAAUAUAACAGAACAUUGUAUCGGCAGAGGUGUACAUUAUGCCACUGUAAAAUGUAACACCCACUUUUCACUACCUAUAAUAGUAAUAGACAAUAAUAGUUAAAACACCUUUAAUUAAUUAUAUGCUUGCACAUCCACAUGAGUAAGCAGUUGGAGUGUAACUAAUCUUCAAUGAUCAUACUAAGAAGUUUAUAUUAUUAUAUUGAUAAUAAAGACUAUAAUUUGAUUAAAUAAAAAA